GAAUGUAGCGUAAAACUUUAGCAUCAAUGUUUUCUUGGAUAGAAUUCUGACCAUUCUCUCAAUAGUGCCACUCUCGUUUUGGAAAAAAAAAAGACUUUUUGUUCUUUUUCAAUGUGGUCUUGAUACAGUUCUGAAUGAGAUCCUAAUCAGACUGUCAUGAGCAAGAGAGGGCGUGGCCAGGCCACUGGUCUGGGCGGUGGCACCUGUCACCGCUCACAGCUGUUUCACAUUCGGACUGUAAUUGGACGAGCAUUUAAGUUGGAGUUUUUGUCACUGGUGUUUGCCAGUUCGUUGCCUUGCGUUAGUGAGUUGCAUUCACUGCCUGUGGGGAUUCUGUGGUUCUACACGUAAGUUAGAGUAACCCUGGUCACAGCGAUUCUGUGCCCUUUUGUUUGAUCAGUUAGUUUGCUUCAGAGUCAUCGAACCCUAGCCCACCUAGCCUAGCAUUUCUGUGCCUCUGCCUUGUCGGACUGCUCCACCAUGUAUGACCCAGUUUCCGGAAUAAACCACAUUGAACAUUAUGCCUCUGCCUCGAAGUCCUGCGUUUGGGUCCACCCCUGCACCAGAGUUUUUUGCGGGAUUAGGUUCAUGCCCAGUGGUCGAGUCCACUUUGUCCCCCGCCCCGCGGUCGCAAUGGCAACCGGAGCGACACCUCUGGCUCGAAGAAGAACUGCAGCGCAGUUCGCUCACUGCGCGCGUGCGUUGCGCUCGAGUAUUAAAGGCUUACGUGAGGAGGGGGGCGGUGACGAGUAGAAAAGAAGCCUCUCUGACGCAUUCGAGGACUUCCUCGACAUCAUCAUGAACGCAACACCCCCCCUCCCCCCAAACGCCAAAGAACUUUCUUACGGUCAAAGUCACGCUCAGCAUGUCCCGAACUGUUUGGAAAUGUGUCCUCAGCGCACUCGGCUUGUUCGGCCUCAUCGUUCUGUUGCGCAACAUCACCACUGAGCAGAAUUGGAGGAACCACAUACUGGCACCACCUUCCGAGGUCCAGAACUGGAUUCAGUCAUCAAACCUCACUGGAGGCCUCCCAGCGUUUACCCGCAGUCGCAGUUUCUGUCUGCAUCCGGACCAGCCGCCCUCACCUGAAGAAGAGCUGGAGGAGCGAGAACUGUUGGACUCCAUCGAUUGGCCCCAGCCGCCUCCCGGUUCCGAACCGCCCACCUGGUCUCAGACGAGCGACCCGGCCCACAGUCUGUUUACAAUCGUCCCGUCCAAAAACGGACAGGGUUGGUACGUGGGCGACCAGCUGGAGGCGGUGGUCCGCCUGCACGACUUCGAGGGCCGACCCAAGCGCUACGGCGGCGAUUUGCUGUUGGCUCGAUUGCGCAACGCAAAAUACAAGGCGGGCGUGGCCGGCCAGGUGCUGGACCACGAGAACGGACUUUAUUCCGCUCGAUUCCCGCUUCUGUGGGAGGGCUCGGCUCAGGUCGGGCUCACGCUGGUCCACUCGAGCGAGGCCGUCGCCGUUCUUCGGCGGAUGAGGGAGAAACGCCCCGAUCGGGUGUACUUCUCGAGCGUGUUUCGCCGAGGUAAUCGCUCUGAGAAGACGGAGUGCAACGUGUUCCUGCCGCGAGACAGGGGGCCGCUGUGCAACUUGACGGACCCUCGAUCCGGCGCUCCGUGGUACUGCUACAAGCCCAAAACGCUCAACUGCGACGCCAGGUACAGCCACAGCAUGGGAGGCUACGCCAAAAACCUCAUCAGCAAAAAGGAAGCUUUGCUUUUUAAGAGAGGCAAGAACGUCAUCGUUCCCAUCCGCGCUUCCACAACCGACACCAUCAACGUACUGCCUGCGAGAACCGGAAGCAGCAGUCGGCAAACGGAUCCCGUCAUGCUGGCGACGUCCGGGUACUACUACCAGGACUCGUGGAGGCCCUUGGGCGGGGUCCCCAUGGGGCGGUUCGACGGGGCGUCCGCCAUCACGCGAUGUUUGACCGGCAUGUUGGUUUACAUGUACGGCGACUCCACCUUGCGCCAGUGGUUCGAGUAUCUCCUCAGCGUGCUUCCAGACGUGAAGAAAGUAAACCUAGAGAAUCCCAAAAAGUCAGGGCCCUUCAUGGCGGUGGACAGCGUCCACAACAUCCUGCUCGAGUACCGCUUCCACGGCCCACCCAUCCGCAUCCAGCCCGUCAUGGUCAGCGAGUUGCGCUACAUCGCCAACGAGCUGGACGGCCUGACCGGCGGCCCCAACACGGCGGUGGUGCUGGGGAUCUGGGCCCACUUCGGUACCUUUCCCCUGGAGGUGUACGUGCAGCGCCUCCGGCAUAUCCGCAAGGCGGUGCUGCGGCUCCUGGAUCGGGCGCCGGGGACGGCGGUGGUGAUCCGGACGGCCAACCCUCAGGAACCGCGACGAGCCGGCAGUCUGUACAACAACGAAUGGUUGAUGCUGCAGCAAGACGCGGUACUGCGCAGGAUGUUCAAGCAUGUCAACGUCAUGUGGGUGGACGCCUGGCAGAUGUGUUUGGCGCACCGCCUUCCUCACAACCUGCACCCUCCUCGGGCCAUUGUCAAGGACAUGGUAGACAUGAUGUUGUCCUACGUUUGCCGAAACGGGACCAGGAACUAUCCAUAUUCCUAGGACGACACAAAACGAUCGCGGUUAACGACGGUAUCGUUGUUGUGCCUGUGAACUUGUCGAAAAUGAGGCCCGCCUCGAGCUGUUGUACUGCGUUGCUGAUUGACUGAAGGCGCUGGAGACGAGCCCCUAGCCUGUCAGUCAAAUAUGUUUGCGCUCUUGAACCUCUGACCGAAUGAUCUGUGCCACUGAGAUUAUGUCUAGUAAACUAGUCAACUUUUUGGUGUGUGUGUGUGUGUAUGACAACUCAGAAAUGUUAGCAAGCUUUUUAGC